AGAAGAACAAGUAUAACCACAGGUUGGGGUCAUCCGGCUAUAGUGGUUUAUUGAAGAGGAAGAUAAAGGAACUUGGAGCUAGCUUGAAGGAUCUUGAUCGGGCUGAUACAUGGCUAUUGGGCAGACAAAAGAAAGAUGGUGGGUACGAUGAGGAGGUGAAAGAAGUUGCUGAAAAGAUAAAGGAGUUGAAGGCUAAAGUGGAGGAAGGGUCAUUUGUGCCAUGUGGCUCAAAUGACAUUAUGGCUGCCGCUUUGGAUAAAAAGCCCAAUGGAAGUAGAAUCCAAGGAGUGGGUCACUUCAUUACUCCCACCAUGUACUUUCACAUGCCGAUUGGUGGAGUUGAAGAGAAGGACGUUGAGAAGAAACUUUGUGAUCGAAGGUAUGAUAUGAUGAUAAAGCGUCUUGAUGAACUGAAAGCUGAAGUGAGGCAGUAUGCUUGUAGUGAUAUAGGCAGUUGUAGUGUUCAAGCAAAGUCUACGACAUCUCCAAAACGAAAAAGAAAGGCUACUACAGAGGUCGAGAAGCACGUUACUCCCUUGAAAAAACAGCACUUAGUUUCCAGAAAAUCUCCAAGACGUGUCUCUAAAGAGACUGAAUCUAAAACUCAAGUAGCCAAAGAUGAAGAGCAAGAUCAUGAGGUUAAACGACUAUCAAGAAAAAAGAAGAAUGGGAAAAAAAAG